UACUGAAAUGGGUUUGGCUGUAUUAAAUGCGAGAUAAAACUCCCGCAGGGAGCGUUAGCUUGAGUGAUUCAUAUAAACACUUAAAGAAGUCAGUCUUGGUUGAGCUUCCUAAGCAAAAAAGGAGUUGCGAGUGCCAUUUCUGUGGAACUGCCUGGUGCCGUGAAACGUUCUUCACCUGUGCCCUUGGUGUGGGCCAUCUGGAGAGGAAAAUCUCAUCAACCUCUAGAAACCCAGCCAAGUUUAGGACCACUUUCUCUUGCAGCUGACUUUUAAGGGAGAUAAUCUUAUCAGGAGGAAGUCUGAAGGCAAGGCGAGUUACAGAAGCACCAUGCAAGCACACUGUGAACAAUUUGUGCUGUUCCCUUGAGUUCAGCUGCACGUUCCCAGCGACGGUCGCGUAGUGUUUUUCUAGCUGAGACUCUCCAGCCAAAGUUCCAUCUGUGUGCUGAGGCAGGUUGGCAGCAGAAAUCCCAGCUGAAAUCCAAGCCAAAACUGUCCCAUGCCCACCCUGUCCCACGUGUGAUUUCUGCCCUCUGCCUGCAAGGUAAUCCCAUCCCGAUAGACCACCCCAUGGACUGAGGAAGGCACUCAGGAGAAGAUGCAGAGGCUGCUGGAGGGUCACUCCAGGUGAAAAGAAAUGAGUGUGAUGAUGUCGUGGUGUCUGUUGCUCCUUCUCCUGGUCAGCUUUGGCUCACCCGCACCCAGGUUUUCGGAAAAAGAUAUCUGCCUCCUAGACAACAAUAACUUAAGACAAAGGUUAAAACAACUUCAAGACUUGUUUUACUUAUAUGAACUGCAACUGAAGGACAUCCUGGAGAACAAUUACCAUAGAACAAAAAGUGAGCUGUUCUCAGGCAACAGGAGCACACAACAUGAGAUGCUUUUACCCACAACCAGUGGAAAUUUGAUAGUCUAUGACCAAGAUUGCUCCACCGUGUAUAACCGGCAGAAGACCGAAAGCGGCUACUACCGGAUCAGGCCGCGGGCAGACCGAGAGCCCUUCGUGGCGUACUGCGACAUGUCCGACGGCGGCGGGUGGACGGUCAUUCAGCGGCGCAGCAGCGGCCGGGAGAGCUUCAACAGGAAAUGGGAUGAUUACAAACUGGGAUUUGGGAAAUUCCAGAACAAGAAUGAUGAAUAUUGGCUGGGCAACGACCACAUCUAUGACCUGCUCACUAGAGGAGAGAGCUCAUUAAAGAUUGACCUGAUGGACUGGCACGGGCAAAGACGUUAUGCACUCUAUGAAAAUUUCCAGCUUGCAAAUGAGCAGGACAACUACAGGUUAUGGUUUGGCACCUAUUCCGGUAACGCUGGUGAUGCUCUGUCUGGCGGGAGCAAUUUUGAAGAUCAGUGGUCAGCCUCUCACAGAGGGAUGCAGUUCACCACAUCUGACAAGGAUCACGAUCGAUUCCUGGCAGGCAACUGUGCAACAGAGAACAAGGGCGGCUGGUGGUUUAACAGGUGCCACGCUGUAAACCUCAACGGACGGUACUACAGGACAGGAAGGUACAAUGGAUCCCACGACAACGGCGUGGUUUGGUCUACGUGGCACGGCAUGUGGUACUCCUUAAAAUACUCAGCCAUGAAAAUCAGGGCUCCCUUCUUUGUUGAUGGCGAGAGUGGAGACGGUGAGAACAGUCGGGGCAGCUGAAACCUGCUGCUUCAGAAAGAAAACAAGUACAGGCUGAAAAAGAAUUGUGUGAGUUAACAGGCAGCGCUCUGUUAUGUCAUGCCCAUCACCAAGCAUGCCUGGUGGUGACUGGAGCUGCACUUGCUCCUAGGAGCCGAAGCUAACACCACGAGUUGCUUGAGCACAGCCAGCCAACAAUUUAAUGGAAAACAGAUGGAUCUCAGUCAUGGAAUAACACAAGUUUUCUUUUUCAGCAAUUUUCAGAACUUCAUUGGACAAUGUUUAUGAAAAGCUCUCUGGACCUUGACUGACCAAACGUGUUCUUUUAGCUAGCUGUACUCUGCAAGGGCUACAACUUUCUCAUCUUGAUUUUAACCAUCAGUACUUCAGUUAUGAGAACACAUGAAUAGAAACAAGAUGAUGGGGAAAUGGAUUUCACCUGGUGUGCCUUCCUCGGUGCUUUGUUCUGGAUCUGGAGACUGUUCCCAAGUAAAAGAUAUUUUUGCUUUUUGAUUAAAACUGUGUACUCCCUGUGAUUCCCAAUUGCCACACUUCAGCUGCAGAAUGCUCAUGAAACCAAAGCAAUGGAUGGGCAUGUUCCAGCUGCUAACAGGUAUCGGGACUAAGGCGACUUUGAAGUGAAUCCCCCACGAGAUGGACAGCAUGGACACUGGGUCUCAUUGCCAUCAGCCUCCCAUUGCAGAUCCACUUCUACAGCACACCAUGACACAGUAACACGGACAAAGACAACACUGCCGACUGGACUUAUGCCCAGGAUUAGAAUUAGGCAAAUUUUACUAAACUCCAAACUAGCACAGAUAUUCUUAGGAGUAUAUACAAUACAAUGAUUCAAUUGUACAUCCUCAUCUAAAUUACUGGAGGACCUUGAGUUAGUGAAGGGGAAUCUGAAAGUGGGAGGUGAUCGAAUCAUAAGGCACACUGCUUUCUUUGUCCCUUCGGAGCGAAAGAAAAGAGCAACACAAGUGACUGAACAAAGUGGAAUACCAAAAAUUUAUUUCCCACAAGUUGUUAAUAACAACAGUUAAAAAUGUACAGUAAUAUCAGCUUGAUGCAAAUCAUUUCACUACCGAGUUGUAGAAUGAGCCCAUUUUUUUCCUGAAUUACAGUAAUUUUUUUAAAUGGCAGGGUUUUUUCCAUUUCUUUGCUUUUAGAUCCAUACAUAUUGUAAUUUGCAUGAUAUAUCCAUAAAGGGCGAAAUAAAAUCAUCUGAGUA